AACUGUUUUUAGGGCUUUAUUCUGCGCUAAAAUAGUUUAUAAAAAGACGCAUCACAAUUUGAAAUGUCUUUGGAUCACAAUCCGCAAUGCUCAGCGUGCAAAAUAGCAAACUCUUUGAUGUGGAGGAAAGGUUCUAAUGGGGAAGUUCUGUGUAACAGCUGCCACCUGAAGCGAGUUAAUUCGAGUGUACGUGCGCAAAGACAAAGCUCUAAGGAAAGCAAGAAGCUCAUUGCAAGAAUUAAGGCAGGAACAAGGAAAGGCUACAAUGGAAAAACAGGUGAAAGGUCCAGAGGUCGUCGAACAUUGCAAAAGAUAAAAAGAAAGGUAAGCUGAAGGCAGCUGCGUUCGUUGGUAUAUGCCAGACAGUCGGGAAGGGUCUCAAAAAAGGUAAAUACCUGGCAGUCAGAAAAUUUAGUUAACUGAAGAUAGAAUACUUUCAAGAGGUUAGGGAAAGUGAUUUCGUAGAAAUUCUACAAAAUUUUCUGACUGGUGGGUAUUUUCAUUUUAGUUUUUUGAAACCCUUCCCAAAUGCCGGGCAUAUAGCCACAGCAUUAUUUAAAACGCUGUGGUUGGUUGCUGGUCAGAAAACUAAAUGACCAGCAGUCUGAUAUUUUCAAUAAAUUUGACAAAUAAAAAGACUCAGCUAAUCCAAACUGUCAUCUGUCCAUUAUGAAAAGUCAAGUGAUCCUCAAAAUACUUAGCUUUAUAGAUUUCAAACCCAUGGCUUAAACUGAGCUCUAGGAAUGAAACCAUGAUUUAUGACACCGAGAGACAGAUGUCUGGCUCCAGUUAUAUUGAAAAUGUGAAGCACAUGCAAUGGGAGUCUGUGCAUAUGAUUACAAAGAAAAGAGGAACCUGUUGCAGAGAAUAGGCCAUGGGAGACAGUUUGUGAAGCUUUGCAAAGAAUUUGAAGAUAAAUUGUCACUGUUUGCAAAGAUUGACACAGGAAGGUUUCUCAAUAAAAUGUGCCACUUUUGUAAAACAAGUCCAUUUCCUUUUUUUGUCAUGACUUGUCGGUAAGUAGCCAUCAUACACUGCAAAAUCCAGCCAAACUUAAAAGUUCAACACAUUGUUUGGAGUGGAAAUUGGGUUGUAAUCCAUUCUGUAGCCUUUUGUUUUACUAAGCCAAAUGCUGAAACAUGACCAUAUUAAACUAGGGGGUCCAGGGGCAUGCUCCCGCAGAAAGAUUUGACAUUUUAAGGUCUGUCUGAAAUAGCUGGAAGUGCAUUAAAGCUUGUAUCCUUCUUAAAUACUGUUUACAUAUUUUUAGUUAUUUUAUUUCAUAGUUAGUAGUUUUUGAAAAUCAGGUUUGCUCCUUGAAUUGUGUCAAAACUCUUUACUUGACUUCAAUAGAACCAUUCAGUACAUCCUUGCAGAAAAAAAAUUAGUGAAUAAUUCAAAAUACUGCAUCCAUGCGGAGACUCCAAAAUAAAGUAAUCUUGACUCAUUAUUCGUGACUAGUCACAGUCAGUUCCCUCAUAACUUUUAAACAUGUUUAACUUUAACUUUUAAACAUGUUUAACUGAAAUGAAACCUCUGAGACACUCGCCCUGGUAUCCUGAAAAAAAUGCAUUGAAGGCUCUGCCACAUAGCGCUGUUUACAUAGGUUUUGCCCCUUUGGCUUUAUUCUCUAAUUUUUUGUACUUUGCUUACUCUAAGCAUCAGCAUUUUAGUCCACCAAUCAAGUGGCUUCUCUGAGGAAACCAAUAAUUAUCAGAAAAAAGGCAAAUGUGCCUGUUGCAGUCAUCAAUAGAAGUCCUCCUCCCACGACCUAUUUCACAUCUGUCUUAUAUUUUAUUACUACCACAUGUGCACAGUUUCAUACGCCCUUGAAAUGAUUGAGAAGACCUGGGGCAUACCCAGAUGUUGUUUAAAGAGACACUAACACAAGGGAGUUUGAGCACCAGAUUAAGGCGCAAACCUUGAAGGGUUAGCUCUGAAAUUCUAUUUUCAGCAUUUUUGCUGUAACAUGUUUUGUAACAGAUAGUAAAAUGACCUAGGCAUUUUGAAGGAUAUUUUUUAUUUAUACAACGAACAUUGACGUUUUUAAGGAGAACCUGUCAAUCCACUGGUUGAAAACCAACCCACUUUACAUUUUUACAACAUUUCUUUGAUUAGGAUAGUUUAACCUUUUUAACAGGAGGUGGGAGAUAGCAUGCAUGUGUAUUCUGGUUGAUUGUAUUGCAUGAGGUGCAUGCAUCUAAAGUUGGCUCUGCACGCGCAAGAUCUUGUCAAGUCCUACCAUACUCUGCAGACUGGCCUUCAUCAAUGUAUACAUUAGGUUUUUAUCAGGCACUCUGUUGCUGCUUAGUUUUUUGACCAUUUUAUUCACUUAUCAAUAGAGACAGAUACAGACACCAAUGAGACAUGCCAAAGGAUUUGUGUAGGCUCUCAUAAUAAAUAUCACUAGCAUUUUCAAAAUUAAUUUUAAUGCAGCACUGCAACAUGAUCUGGCAUUGACAGUGUAAUAUACAUGUAGUUGCCUUGCAGUGUGAUUUUCAGUUUUUGGUUCAGCUAUAGUGCAGACAGACUGAAUAUGAAAUCAAAUGUUGGCUUAUCUUUUUGGGUUCCCACUAGCGUACCCUGUGAGUAGAGUUUCUUUGCAGCAUUGGCUUUUAGCAUUUACAAAGUCGUUCAUGUCAUGAAUUCACUUUUUAAGUGAAGUUUUCACUGCUGUCACCAUCCUCUCAUGUUAAGGUCCCUACAGUUUUCUUACCAUAAUUUUUUUCUUCACUUCAAUUUUAAUGUUAAGUAAUAUCGGGAUGGAAUGUUGAAAAAAUCUUCAGUCUUUAACCCUCCAAAUUAAUGUUUUUGCUUGGUUACCAUUUGGCAACCAACUCUUUUGGUUUAGGGAGAAUUUUUUACAAAUCAAGUAGCAGUUCCAAAAUUUUAGGUGCCAUGGCGACCAAAAUGGUUGCGACUUGGAGGGUUGGUCUUGAAAGAUUCAUGUACUCUGUGCAGGAAAACAUCAGUUCCUUGCUAGUUGGAGAGCAGGAUUCACAUUUGGUCAUUAUUUUGAUCUUUGUGUUGAUGUUAUUUAUUUUUACUCAAUCAGUUGAAUAUCAACUCCUGACUUAAGAACCAUUCAAUUCUGGCUGUCAUUAUGGGCAACAAUAAAGUAAUAAUAUUAUGCUUUCUUUCUAUGUAGCCAUAUAAAUCACCAGAGGGAUUUGCAACUGUAGUAGCAGCAGACAGGAUUUAUUUCCAGGUUUGACUAGUUAUCUUAAUACAUUCAUUAAAAUAAAGUUUUUUAGAUACCUCACAAAAAAAAUACUGAUGGCUUCUAUGUGUAAACAUUUAUUAAAAUGAGUAGAACAAGAGCAAGCUGAAAUGUGAUAGAUACAAACUGUACUGUAUAAGAAAAGUUGUUGCGUAGACUUUGCAGGGCUCUAGUUUGUCUGGGCUAAGACUUUACUGUUAAAAUUCUUGAGCCAGAUAAACAUGUUAAUUUUUAAUUUAAUAAUAAUAAUGAUAUUUUAAUUAUUAUAAUAUUAAUAAUAAUUACGAUAAUGAUAAUGAUAAUAAUGAUAAUAAUUAUAAUAAUAAUUUUGUUAUAUGUGAAAGGUUUGAACCCAGGAGUCAUUUCUUAAGGAGGUUGAGUGUGAUCAUCUGGGUGAACCUAGUCCUGAAUAGGACCGUUGUUGUUGACAGUAACUGACGUCUCGACAACCUGUGUGAUAGUCAUCUUCAGAGUCAAAGUGAGUUGUAUCACGUAAGAGGCACCUCUGAAACUUUCGCACAUAUACUACAACCUUACAAUAUACAUGUUGCUCACAAACCGAUAACCACUUUACGACAACUGCUUACUUAAGUCUAGGAAAAAGACAAACCGGGGGACAGACAGGGAGCAGUAUACAAGGUUGAAUGCUGCAACUGCCAGGCUUCUUAUAUUGGUGAAACCAGCAGAAACCUUAGCAUGCAACAGACCGAACACAAAUGAGCGACAAGAAAUGGUGAUGUCAAUAAUCACAUUGCUGAGCAUCAUUUACAGACGAAACAUUUGGGAGAAACAUGACUGGGACUUUGUGACAUGUAUUACGUGCUCUACAGACUACUAUCAAUGACUCACUAUAGAAAGCUGGUUUACUAACUUAGAACAAACACCACUGAAUUGUAGUCAACAGUUACCAGCACCGUACAGACGACGUAAUGACAGAAUCAAGCAAAACUAACAACAGGAGAAUGACUGGACAACUGACAAUUUGACUAACAAUAAACAAAUGUUUAACUGUGACAAUACACGGAUCGAAAUGUACCAAUGACAUUACGAGUCUUCAUAACCAAUAAUAUCACUGCUUAACUGACAUUCGACCAAUAACAUCGCAACUAUACUGACCAAUCAGGUCAAUAACCAAAGUUUAAUAUCAUCCGCUGACAUGAUACAACUCACUUUGACUCUGAAGAUGAGUACCGCACAGGUUGUUGAAACCUCAGUCACUGUCAACAAAAACAGUCCUAUUCCGGACUACGUUCAUCCCGGAUGAUCAUACUCAACCUACUUAUGAGUUUUGUUAUAUAUAGCACUGAUUUUCAUUGGUCUAAUAGCACUUUUAUUCACUUUGUCUGUCAUUGCCGUCAUUACAGCUGUAUAUGCAGGACCUCAUGACUAACAGUAACUGGUAGAGCUUUCAACUCAAAAAGUUAAAAAUGGUUAUAGUUUCUGAGACUGGCAAAAGCAUCAACACAUUGAACGGAGUUACAGAGGAGCACAGCGCUGACUUGGAGUCUGAUGAAUACAUUACAUACAUAAAUAAUACAGACUGUUACUAAUAAUACACUACCACGAAAUUGGAGUCAGUAGUUACCGGCACCUAAGAAAUGACUUAGUGAUACACAAGUCAGCAGAACUACAAGCAAUAGAGUAUAUCCUGAGAUCAGGCCCAAUUUUCUUUUGUGUGGCUCAGCUAAAGUUUGCCAGAAUUUUGUAUACCGAGUAAAACUUGAAGCAAAAAAGAGCCUGUUCCUAAGUUAAUAGAGUAAGACAUCAUUCAGUUUGAAAUUAACAUUAUAGCUGUUAGGAUCUUUGGGGUAAAAUUACAACUAUUGUUCUACUACAGCUCUCAUGUGUCAACCGCUCCAACAUAGUAACGUUUCCCUCUGGUCUUUGUAAACAGGGUAUUUUGUACCAAGUCGGGGACAUAGUAUCCAUUGAAGAUGUAGAAGGCGAUUUAAAGAAAACAAAAAAAAAAAAAACAAAAUAUAAUAGAAUAUAAACUCAAAAAAAAUUUUAUGGUGGGCAGAUAGAGUUUACACAAAAUAAAUAAAAAAAAAAAAAAAAAAAGAAAAAAAAAAAAUAGUCCUAAGUUUUUUUUUUUUUUUUUUUUUAUCUUUAAUAACAUUUAUUCAAUCGACAAUCAACAAUCAAAAAUACUUACAAAACACUACGAUACUUACACUGCUUACAAUAUAAUAUUUAGAAUACAAUAGACUAAGGUACUUACUCUGUUUACAAUGUAAAGACUUACAAUACUCAGUACUUACAACACUACCUACUCACUACUCGCACUACAAUGCACUAUUUACAAGCAUUUCUAAUUAGUAAUUGUACUUCAAAACCAACAUUUACAAAACCAAACAUUCACGGUAAACGCACUUAUAUCUUAAGUGUCUUAAAGAGGCAGCGAUUGUGAAGCAAAAGAUACACCAGGUUAAUGCUGGAAAAAAUGGGCAGAGGAUCGAGAUAUACAAAUGUAUACAAAAUCAAAGGCUUACUGAAAUAAGGAGCUCACAUUUUCCCAUUUUUUUGGUAAAAGACUUAGUGAUAAACAAGUCAGCAGAAUUACAACUAUUGUUCUACUACAGCUCUCAUGUGUCAACCGCUCCAACAUAGUAAUGUUUCCCUCUGGUCUUUGUAAACAGGGUAUUUUGUACCAAGUCGGGGACAUAGUAUCCAUUGAAGAUGUAGAAGGCGAUUUAUACUAUGCUCAGUUAAGAGGAUUCCUUCAAGAUCAGUAUGCGCGUAAAACAGCAGUCAUCACCUGGCUUAUUCCCCUGCUACCUAAACCAUCAUACUUCGAUCCAGCACUCUUUUUACCAGGUAAUUAGUACUACAAAUUGCUCCAGUUGAGGGUGGCCAAAUCGCCUGUUUGAGUGGAUCGUGAGUCGUGAGUUUGGGAAGCAAGGGUGGCGCAGUGAGAGGGGUGAGAGGGCUCGCCUCCCACUAAUGUGGCCCGGGUUCAACUCCCGGCGUCGACGCCAUAAGUGGGUUGAGUUUGUUGUUUGUUCUCUCUUGCUCCGAGAGGUUUUUCUCCGGGUACUUCGGUUUUCCCCUCUCCUCAAAAAACCAACACUUCCAAAUUCCAAUGCGAUCUGGAACGCACAUUUAAACGAGUUCAUAUGAACUUCCAUGUGCUUCGUGGGUAAACAAGCAAUUUAAAAAAUUUUAAAAAAAAAAAUGAGUGGUGCGUCGUGGUUCGUGCGUCGGGCGUGAGUCUUGCAUAUUGCGUGUUAUAAAAGAUCAUCAAACAAGACGGUAUUUUUGGUGCACGCUUUUAUUUACCAAGAAUAAAGUGAGAGCAUCCCAUCUCUGAAGUGAGACCAAUCUGAAUAUCAAAAUAGUUUAGUAUCUGUGAAACGUAACGGUUAUAUUAAUAACGUACAGAUUUUUCCAUUAUUACCGUUGGAAUGUUUUGAUGCAUCUCGCACAGAUUAUCUAAGUAGUUACUAUUGAUGAAAAAUGAUGCUUACUGCACACGCAAAAUCGGUCACUAUAAAACACGGACUGUGAACUGGGGACUGGAGACCACGGACUGGGUAUAAGAAAUGGACUAGAUAUCAGACAAGUGACACAUCAAGCAUUAACCAAACUUAACGUGUAAAAAAAGUCUUUUUUGACUUUUCAGGGUUGUGGGGGUGGGUGGCAGUGAUUUUUGAGGGGAGGGGGUAACUUUUUAAAGCAGGUUUAAUUUUAGGUGUUCAAUUUGACGAAAUGUGGGGGGGGUCAAAUUUUUAUGACACAUGAUUGGCAUUCAAUAUAAAAGUUAAGCCAUAUUGUAAUUAGAGCGAUUUUCGUAAGACCUCUAGUUGAAAUGACAACGCGCGAACAACACAGAAACAACAAACGAACGGAAAUACAGCGAUUUGAUUUGUUUAUAGAACGGACACACACUCGCCUGCGUGGCUUAUGGUUGGCUAAGCGAACGCUCGGGUGAAAAAACUUUAUGCCCCAGAACUUUCUAGAAAUCAAUCGAUACUUCGCUUUGACGUCAUACAGCAACACGAUUGGCCAAUCGAACCUUUUAAUAGCAGAAAAAAUCCCUUGAACAAUUCCUCGCUGUUGAUGUUCUUGCACUGUUCUCAGAUCUCGCUAGAGCUGCACAAUUCUUUUGCGUCCCUUAUUUUGACCACUAGAGAACAGACGAAUAAUUUCAUUAUUAAGAUGAAGAUGUAACUACUUUCCGGGAACGUAGGAAAUAAUUUGAAUGUAGUUAAAGUUUUGAUACACCACACUUUUCUGAAAACUACCCCCUCCCAAGGAUUGCUACCUUAGCAAACGAAGGACCAAGGGUCUUCCCCACCCCUCCUCAACUUUUGCUCUUACCCAACUUACACGGGCAGGAUAACUCACAACGUAUAGCCUACGAGGUUCGAUCUGCAACGCUUGCCCAACAAAGCACGUUCCACUGCAAACGACCCACCACCCACCCACGCACGCCAAUUACACAAACUCGCUGCAGAUCCAAGGUUUUUUUUCUUCUGUUAUUAAAGUGAACCCAUAUGGAUUUUUGAACAUUUUUUUGCAGUAAGUUUAUUAUGACGAUUAUACCGUGCGUUAUCUAAAGUAAAGCGUAUUGAAGACCUUAAGAGUUUUCAACACUUUUCGAUAUGUACUGAGACGGUCAAUGCUCCCUUGGUUUAGACUAUGUAAAAUGAAGAACGCUACAUACACUUGUAAGAUGAAUGUCUUUGUUUUAACACGAACAGGCCUAUUGUGUAUUUCAUUUCAGUUGAAAUUAGCCCCACUUGAGAUUCGUGUACAUCUGAAUUCGCAGAAAAUUCCAUUAUGUGAGAAGCUGGAAGGGCGAAGUAAUUUAAAGUUGUCACGUUUAUGAAUAUCAGAAUUGUUUCAACGGGAAGCGACAGUUGUACUUCGCGUUGUGUGUUACAUACAAAAUAUUUAAAACAUGUGCCGAUCCGGCAGUUUCAUUUUGUUAGCCCUUCACCAACGAACUACACUUCUAGCCAAUGUGGCAUACUAAUGAGUCUGCAUGUGCACCGCACUGUGUGCCUCUGCUCAGAUUCAUAUACGCGUCCGGCCAGACGCGUGUACUUUGGUUCGUUUAGUUCAGACCUUCAGGGUAUAUUUAUUUUUGUUUUAAAGUGAUCUACGAAAAGUAAAGUCGUUGUCAGUAGAUUUUCUAUCUUUCCCUAUUUUGUCACCUUACUACAGAUGUUAGCAGUUGCGAGUUUGUUUUCUUAUUUAAUUUCUGCAGGACCUGAGGAGGAUACGCCUAGGCCGAUGGAGUGCAUGGAAUUUGUUUGCAGAGCGCCAACAGAACUUUUUAAAUCCAGAAAAGAACAUCCGCCAUUUGUUAUUCCACGACCACCUGACCUUAAUGACUUAACAACAGCGGCAGAAAUGCUUCUUAAGACCGAAGGAACUUCCACGACAAUUUAACAACAGACUGAAAAGCUGGCCUGUACUGUAUCUGCUGCUCUUAGCACAGUUGUCUUAGUCUGCAGAACAGGCUUCGUUAUAUUUAGGGGUUUUUUAGACGAGCAUACGUGUCUCGCGCUUCACGCCCGCUUCGUGCUUCGUUCGCCUGAAAAAGGCGAAACAAACAGCGCCUGUUCUGCGACUGCAGGCUCCAGUUGUGUUGGAAUAAAAUCAUUAGUAAGACC